AUGAGGUUCCUCACGAUACAGCGGCCGAUAUUGGCUGCUGUGGCUGGUCUUGUCCGGCCGGCCUUUACGCCUGCUGCUCCUCUGGGUGUGCAAUUGGCCAAUUCCCUCGUCCAAGGUCAAAGAUUUGCCUCGGUCAAGUCACAGGGAGCGUACAAGAAGAAGCCCAAAAGGGGUAUUCCCAAGAAGUUGGGUGCCAAGCGAACAGGAGAUCAAUUCGUCAUUCCUGGCAACAUCCUGUACAAGCAGCGAGGCACGCAUUGGUGGCCCGGCGAGAACUGCAUCAUGGGUCGAGAUCACACAAUUCACUCCAUGGCAACCGGCUACGUCAAGUACUACCGCGAUCCCGCACGACACCCCGACCGCAAGUACAUCGGAGUAGUUUUCGACAAGAACGACACUCUACCAUACCCCCAGCACGCGGAGCGAAAGCGAAAGCUCGGAAUGACCGUCUUCACCAUCAAAGAAGCCGCCGCCAAGCCCGAAAUCUCACCGUCAGGAAUUCCUUUCCAGGUCACCCGUGUCGAAGCCGGCGAGCCAGAUAGGUUACUCAAGCUGCGCAAGGAUUACAGUUAUCGUGAGGACAACUGGGCGAUUGGAAAGCUUGCCAAGACGACUGGACUCAAGACGAAGCGAUUCAGGACGCGAAAGCAAUGGUUCAGACAUAGACGGUGGAGACGUGAGAGGGAGUUGGAGGGACAAAGGAAGGCUGAGGCGAAGAGGGCUGAGAGUGGUGGUGAGAUGAAGGCCGUUAAGAUGAUUAGCAAGAAGCAGGCCAAGAAGGCAGCAAAGAAGGCUGGAAAGAAGAAAUAG